AUGUGGUCAAAGCCGUCCUCCCCGUCGACGGGCACCUCGAGCCCGCCGCAGCCGGGCGCCAACCAACGAGACUCGACGCGCCAGCGCACCUCGGGCAAGCGCGUCGCCCAGAUCGUCAAGCUGAAGCCCGAGUUCGUCGCUAAGUAUAAAGAGGUCCACGCAGCUGUGUGGCCCGAGGUACUGCAGCAGAUCAAGGUCUGCAACAUCCGGGAUUACAGCAUCUUCCACGAACCGGACUCGGGAAUCCUCUUUGCGACAUUCAAAUAUGUCGGAUACGACUACGAGGGCGAUAUGGAGCGCAUGCGGGAAAACCCGAAAGUCCGCGAGUGGUGGGCCAUGACUGACGGGUUCCAGGAGAGCUUGGUUCCCGGUGCGAAGAACAGCGAGUCCGGCGAUCCGUCGUGGUGGAAGGGGGUCGAGGAGGUCUUCUACACGACCUGA